GUAAUCAAUGUGCAAUAAUUACGUCGACAACGAAUGAACGUGUUCAAUUAUUAUGUGACCUGCAGUCAUAUUCGGGUCCUGAUUGGUCGACAAGCUUACUCGACACGUCAGAUAGUGUUAUUUGACGUGUAUAUUUUUGAGGGGGACAGCAAAGACCCAAACGGCGUUCCAUAUUUAAGGAAAUUCUCAAACUGUCAGUGGGCUAGAUGGACGGUUUCAAAGCGUCGUCUUUGCCGCCGCCCUCAUCUCCAGUUCCCACCCAUUUUCGCUUCCCCACUCGGUCAGCCAUACCUCCAAUUCCCAAGGAAAAAUUCCUGUCGGAAGAAUGACGGUAAGACUAGCGAGGAGAGAAUAGCGACUUCUAUCCAACAAAUAUCGCUUCAAGUGGCAUUUAGAAUAAACUGUGCCAUUAUAAAAGGUAGCCAACUGAGUAAAGAUGACCAUGCACUCCUGAGUGCACAGCAUCGCUCGUUUCCUGCUUUUUCCUGGAUCAUCAUCGGCUCUGUGAUGAACCACACCCCUAGCCCCCACAUGGCCGAGGCCGCUAAGUCCGGGGCGGGCCUGCUCUGUGGCCUGGGCCUGGGGCCGGACAGGGUCCGCUCUCCUGAUAGCCUGACCCACACGCCCAGCCCCACGGGAGGCACCCCCAGCUCCAGCCCUCCCCUGCUGCUCUCCCCUGGCCUGGGCGAGUCUGGGGACUGGGAGAGCCGUGAGGAGCUACGUCUGAGGGAGCUGGAGGAGGCCAGGGCGCGAGCUGCCCAGAUGGAGAAGACCAUGCGCUGGUGGUCGGACUGCACGGCCAACUGGAGGGAGAAGUGGAGCAAGGUGCGCUCCGAGAGGAACCGGGCACGGGACGAGGUGCGGCAGCUCCGCCAGAGGCUGGACACCCUGACCAAGGAGCUGAUGGGCGCACGUCGGGAGCGCCAGGAACUGGCCUCCGAGAACGAGACACUCAGACAGGAAGCACUGCGUCUCCGUGCUGACCAGGCCUCACCCUCCCACGCCCCCUCAGCACCACCCUCCACCCCACCCUCCUCCUCCUCACAGCCCCUUGUGGACAGCAAGCAGGACAGGGUGGGCGAGGGGCCCGGGUCACCAGAACAGGAACCAGUGAGAGAUGUGGACACAGAGAAACCUGACAGACAAAAGGAGCUGGAGCUGUUGGAGUCAGUGCUGAGGUCCAAGGCGGAAGGUCCAGACUCGUGGGACGCCCGUAGUGCCAGCAGCCUGCGUUCUGCCCUGAGUCGUCAGGACCGCAGCCGGCUGCUCUGGGAUGACAUCGCUGCCAUGGAGGAGGACCCCGGCAAGAUCAACGCCCUCCAGCUCCGCCUCGACGAAUCACAGAAGGUCCUGCUCAAGGAACGCGAGGAUAAGCAUGCACUCAGUAAGAGCAUAGAAAAGCUGGAAACAGAGCUCAACCAAUGGAAACUCAAAUACGAGGAGCAGAACAAGACCAAGCAGGAAGCCAUGAAACAGCUGAACAUGUUGAAGGAGGUACACCAGGAUGAGUUGGGUCGUAUGUCGGAGGACCUGGAGGAUGAGCUGGGAGCACGCACCAGUAUGGACAAGAAACUGGCCGAGCUACGAGCAGAGAUGGAGCGGCUGCAGGUGGAGAACGCUGCCGAGUGGGGCCGGCGGGAGCGUCUGGAGACCGAGAAGCUGGCGCUUGAGAGAGACAACAAGAAGCUGCGGGCGCAGACGGAGGACCUGGAGGAACAGCUGGCCCGUAAACGGCGGCAGGCGGCCAGUGCCCUGGACACUGACCUCAAGACCAUUCAGACUGAGUUGUUUGAGAGGAAUAAGGAGUUGGCAGACAUGCGCCACAUCCACUCCAAGGUGAAGAAGCAGUACCAGGACAAGAUGGCCGAGCUGGCCCACGCCAACCGGCGGGUGGAGCAGCACGAGACAGAGGUGAAGAAGCUGAGGCUGAGGGUGGAGGAGCUGAAGAAAGAACUGGGUCAGGCGGAGGACGAGCUGGAUGAGGCCCAUAAUCAGACCAGGAAGCUACAGCGGUCUCUGGAUGAGCAGGUGGAGCAGUCGGAGAACCUCCAGGUCCAACUGGAACAUCUGCAGUCCCGACUGCGGCGGCAGAAGAGCCCGGGCCUGUUUGGGAAGAUGAUGUCAGCUCGGUUCAGCCCGGAGAACCCAGACGGACCGCCCAGCGACCCAGACGAAGAGGAGGAGGAGCUACAGAUCCAGAUCCCAUGAACAAAGGAAGGACACACGGACUCUGACUUAGGGCUCUUCAUUUCACACCGUGUGUGUCCCAUAGACAGACAGACUCAUAGUUAGACAGCUGUGAUCUCCAUUGACCUGGCUCAUCCUGUUAGAGACAAACACUGGCACAUGGUUGUCAUGGGCAAGGUUGCCAUGGAACCCGUCGCCACCUGUACCGGUGAACUACAGAGCUACCAGCAGGGGUCCAGAGAGAGCCCUCACUACACGACAACUGACAAUACACUACACUACCACACUACCACACCCACAGUGCACUACAGUUACAAGCCACUACAGCCUGAGCCUACAGCCCUCUAGAUCCCAACCAUCAUUACCAUCACUCCAAUAUCUACAACACCCUCAGUGGUGAAACACUCUCGCAAUCACACUGCUACCCAAUCCUCAGUCUGAAACUCAUACCUCCUCUUUCACCCUUCCUUCUCUUUCUCUUUGCGUCCUGAGUUCCUUCACCCAGUGAAUGUUGUACAGUAUCCUUCACGAUGUAUCAAAACACUCAAGAAAGGGAUGUGAUGUGACCUAGCUGUGAUGUUCCAGCAGUGUUCUGGUAAUGUUACGUAAUGCGUUUGGAUUCGUAUCGUUAGCUGUACACACAGUUCAGUACAGUGAAUGUGUUUAGCCCUCAGGUCACUGUGCUAUGGGUGUGUGCUCGGCGCCUGGCACCUGGGGUCAUCAUUAGUUCAUCAGUGUUUUGGGCUCAGCCUCAAGACAGCGAAAUUCUCCCAGUAUGAGGGACAGGUAGUAUUCUUGGGAGAGACUGGGACUGGAUAUGAAGGGACAAUAAGGGCCCUCCACCGCUAUGUCCCCUCACCAUAACCACUAAGGGACAAGGUGCUUAUGUAGAGGAUGGGUUCGUUAGACCUACAGUAUUACCUUCUCGACAUAGCGGGUUGUUCAUUCUGAAAGAAACGUUGGUGGUCAAUACACACAUCCUUAAAGAAAACGUAGGUGCCUGGGCUGAUUAAGUGUGUCCUAGAGAAGCACAGAAAGGGCCUGCACACUGCACGGUUUUGAUCCGGAAGGGUCUUCGUCAGGCCGAGAUCCUCGUGGAUGGAAACGUUGCCAAUGAUGUGGUAAUUGGGAGCGUAUUCAGUGCGCAGGCCUUUCUGUUCUGUUCAUUCUGAAAGCAAUAAGACAUCGGCUAUCACUCCCGCUUACUCAUCUGCUACUACAGGGACCAAGUUAUUUGUCAUGGUCAUGCCAAUUAUUUAUGUUGUUGUUUUUGAUAAUUGAUCUGUAAACCACAGUGUUUUUUUGUAUCUAGCUCUAUAAAUGUUAUAAGUGUACAUGUAAA